UAAUUUUGACAUUUAAAACAUUGAGGUUAUGUUGGUUUUAAAAUUCAAGUUUUUCCGAAAAACCAUUAAUAAAACUACAAUUAUUUAAAUGAAAUUAAGUAGAGUGAGUGUAAAUUUAAUGUGAGAAGUCAAAAUGAUGGACCCAGAAGUAGUAAAUAAAAAAAUCAAUGAGUAUGAAAAAUAUAUAGAAGAAAAACUGAAAAGCGACUUAAAAGAAAUAGAAUUAAAGUUAAGUGAUAAAGUUAAGAAGUACAAAGAUUGGGAGGAUGUGAAGGAAAUCGCAAAAACGGUCAAAGAGUUUAAGGAAAAGGAUCGUGACAUGUUGGUGAGGGUUGAUAUCGGUAAUAAUAUACAAGUUACUGGUGAAAUUACAGACUAUGAAAGAACUUAUGUUAAAAUAGGGUUAGGUUAUUUACUUGAAAUGGAAUGUAGAGAGGCUGAUAAAUAUUCUGAUAUUAGGUUAAGACUGUUAAAAAAAGAAAUUGAUCAUUUACGUAAGUUGGCUGUUAACGUAAAGGUUCAUAUUAAGUUAGUUUUGUUGGCUAUUAAUGAGUUGCAGGCUUCUUUGAUAACAGAAACAGUAAAAAAUGUAAGGAAAAUAAAAUAGUUUAUAUUUUUUAAAACAAUUUUUAUUUUAAAAUAUUUUAAAUUUAAGCUAUUACACAACAUGUGAACACUUUUUAAUAAGUCAAUCUUACAAUUACAUUACAAAACUAUGGUAUAAAACUAGCGGCC